AUGAGUCGCGCAGGGUUUGACAAGUACAUUACGGUGUUCAGCCCAGAGGGGUCUCUCUAUCAGGUGGAAUACGCCUUCAAGGCCGUCACGUACGCGGGUCUGCUCACAGUCGCAAUACGUUGCAAAGAUGCUGUUUUGGUCUUUACGCAACAUAAUGUGCCGGACAGACUGAUGCGACCCGAGACUAUUGCCUCUCUCCACAACAUCAACAAGGACAUUGGUGUAUGCAUCACGGGACGCGCCUCCGACGGUAAGGCGUUGGUGCAAAAAGCUCGCCAAGAAGCAUCUGACUACAAAUAUCGCUUUGGUUCCCCGAUUCCUGUUAGCGUGCUCGCCAAGCGUGUGGCGGAUAUGGCACAGGUGAGGACACAGCAAGCCGGAUUACGACUAAUGGGUGUCAUCAUGACAUUUAUUGGCAUGGAGCAAAACGAUGCAGAUGGGUCGUGGGUUCCACUAAUUUACUGCGUAGAUCCAGCAGGGUGGUGCGGCAGUUACCAUGCGUGUGCGAUUGGUAAGAAGCAGAUUGAGGCGAAUGCAUUCCUGGAAAAGAAGCAAAAAAAUGCACCAUUCCAUACUCUCUCGCAAAAAGAUGCCGCCAUGGUCGCACUUGCCGCACUCCAGAGUGCUCUUGGUGCCUCUCUAAAGGCGACGGAUGUGGAGGUGGGACGUUGCAGUGUGGAGAAUCACGCUUUUUGCCGGGUCCCCGACCAGGAUGUGGAGGAAUGGCUGACCGCCCUUGCGGAGGCCGACUAA